AUGGAGGUUGAUUUAUCAAAGAUAAAUGAACCUUUAACUGCCACAACUUUCAAUAGUACAUCUGAGUGUAAUGAUGCCAAUCCAAAAGAUGAUCGUAUUAUGGAUACCGGAGAACCAGUUCUUACAGAUUGUGAUGACAAUGGUCCUGAGGAGGAGAGUUGUACAGAUUGUGAAAUCAUAUCAGAUUCAGAUACUAGGAAGUCAACAGAAAACCCUAUUCCAACAGCUAAUAUCUAUUGUCCUCCCAAUUGGGCUUUAAAUUGUCCACCAAAUUUAGACUACAAGCUGGAAGUAAUUAAAAAUGGCUUACAACUCUCAGAGUGUACAGUCAACUUAUCAUCGAAAACAUGUGAAACAAAUGAUGAAGCAUCUGUUUAUGAUAAUAAUGGUUUAAGCUUUUGUCUAAUUGGACGUCAACCUCAACCAAACUAUGCACCAUUCAAUGAUAUCAUUGGACAAUGCAUGGUACUUGCUCAUCCGUCUAUAAGUCGAUUACAUGCUGUUUUGCAGUAUGGUAAACCGCCACAUUCUAUAGGUCAUGUACCUGAAGAUGAAAAAGAUACUACUGGAUGGUAUCUACAAGAUUUGGAAAGUACUCAUGGUACUUUCGUUAACAAGAGACGCUUGCCUUCUGGACGGUAUGUUCGUAUUCGUGUUGGUUAUGUGUUACGUUUCGGUGGUAGUACUCGUUUACACAUUUUUCAAGGUCCAGAUGAGGAUACAGAACAACAAACUGCACAAUCUUGGUUUGACUUAAAAAAGUCAUUUGAAGAGCGUAAAAUGAUGGCUGUUACAGAAAAAAAGGAUACUUUAUCGUCUAAGAAUUCUCAGUCUGUCAAGUUGGAGUGUGACUGGGGCAUAUCUUUAGAAGAUCCUAUUCCUGAACCAAUCCCAAGUUUACUACAAUCUGGAUCUUGUUUAAGUUAUGAAAAACUCUAUCGAGAUGACCCAAAGCGAGCACUGAAUGCUUAUUUUGAACGAGAGGGUAUUGAUCCUGUACCGCAGUAUGAAUUUGUUGAAGCACCUUUUGGAAAACAACACUGUCGAAUUGAAUUACCGUUAAGUUCGGGUACUGUAACUGCAGAAGCUGUUGUCUCUGGUAAACGCAAGGAAGCUGUUGUUGCAUGUGCUUUAGAAGCCUGUCAACUUUUGGAUCGUUUAGGUGAAUUCGAUCCCGAUAAGUUUCUCAUUGUUUUUCGAUCUGAAUCUAAUUCAUCGGUUACUAACUGGCAUACGGGCUCUUGUACAGAGGAAGUUAUACGUUACAGAUGA